GCCAUCAACCUUCUCCAAGUGAUGUCGUUUCCUUCACUUCUUUUCACAGGUGUGAUGGUGGUGGUGGCUGGUGUAGUGUGUAGUCAGGAGGACACCGUAGCAAUAGUGACCAUCCCAGAGGUCGCAGGUUACCUCACCAACCCCUGCCAUCUGUUGUACCAGCGACACAACAACCAGGAUGACAACCCUGACCCACUGGCGACCUUUGACCCACUGGUGACCUACGAACAGCUGCAGCAAGUUGCCCUCACUAACAUCCACUUUGCUAACGUCUCGCUACUAGCCAUUCAAGAUAUUUUGGAUAAUGAGUGCAACACACCUUUCACUCUCAACACUCUGCCACCAGUUCCCUUCAUCACUGGUGUACAGCAAGAAGGCCAUCCGACUAAGCAUCGAGAACUGGUUUUCUUGCUGGGUCAUCUUUACUUUGCUAUCAACAACACUGAUUCCAGCACUUCUUUCUGUACCCACAGACCAACCCUUUUCCCAACAGCUCAGGGGCUUCCUGCGGUGGUCGUAGCCUUUGAGCUGCAUUCUCAUCUCCGGAUCCGCGCUGCGCUACUCAUCUUACAACGACGAUUCGGAACACCACAUGACAACUCCCCGGCUGACAACCAACUGUCCGUGGUGUCGACACAGAAGAGGUUCUCGCGGAGGAAGGGAGUUCUUAAGCCUAGCCAAUGGUCACACUUGGGACUUUUACAUCAACGCUCUUCCACAGCUUUCUUGGUGGCCCUCAAACACUACCUAACUCGUGAAUACUCCAGUGACCAUAGCUUCUACACGGCCCCUGAUUCCUCCAACAUUCACGGAGCUUCUGGCUAUACAGACGUCCAUGGUCUCUCCAACACUCUGGGCUCACAAAACAAAUUUAUUGACUCCUCCAACAGCGGCUCCCUUGAUGUCAGUUCUUCGAGAAACUUCGACUUUCAGAAAGACCUUGAAUGCUUCAAUUCUUCAGGUGGUUUUCAUUGUUUUAACCGCAAGAAGAACACCGUCAAUUAGGCAGAUAUCUUCGACGCUGAUAGAU